CGCCGCGCGGCGCUGCGGGGACGGUUGGCGUGCGGCCGUGCGCGGGCCCCGCCUCCCGGGGCGGCGGCGGCGGAGGCGCCUGAGGCGGCCGGGGUGGGUAAGGCAUGACAGCCAGACGAAUGACGCUGGGCGGCCUGGACGUGGUGCUGCAGGAGAAAGCCCGGGGGUACCUCGUGGACCCCAGCGGGGAGGCUUGCGGCGAGAGGAUGCCGUUCAAACCACAAGAUAUCUUGCGGACGCUCCCGAGACCCAGGGCGGGGAUGUACCAGGGCCUCCACGGCGGCUUUCUGGGCCCCUCCAGCGAGGCGGGCCGCGAAGGCCUGCGCGGAGGCGUGUUCCCAGGGCCGGCCUUCAGGCCUGGCAACCCGGCCUGCGGCGACGACAGCUGCUUCCAGCAAGAAGGCACCCGCACCCUGGAACUGUCGCACUCUGACGCCCAGGAGCAGGCAUUCGGCCCCCAGAAGGCGGGGACGUUACGCAUCCAGGACCGGAAGUUUGCGUUGCAAGGCUCCUGGGAGCACGCGGUGGCUCAGCAGGCCUGGCCCCGCAGCCUGGGGCCCUUCAGCCUCCCCAGGGUGCUGGAGAAGGAGGCUCUGGAGAAAGAAAGUCGGGGCUAUGCCGGGGACGGCCCAGGGGAGACCGAGGCGCUGCUCAGGGCCGCUGGUGGUGGCACUCUGGAGGCCCAGGGCCUGCUCCCCCCGGAGGCGGGCACCGGAAAGCUGGGCUCUCUGAGGAAUGUGAGCUCCGAAAAAGGACCCUCCAAAACUCAGGGCACGAGCCAAAGCCAGAAAAACAGCCCCAGUCCAGAUGUGACGCUCGGAGCCGGCCCGGGACCGGAAGACAUCCAGUUCCCCGCGCAGCAGGUGCCCCUGGGGCUCGAGCUGAAGAGCGCUCGCUUCCGGCGCCGGAGGAUGCACUUUGAGGCCGUGGACAAGGCCGACGUGUUCUCCCGCUUCGGCCUCGAGAUCAUCAGGUGGGCGGGCUUCCACACCGUCAGGGACGAUGUCAAGUUCUCACAGCUCUUCCAGACCCUGUUUGAGCCCGAGACGGAGACGUGCGCCAAGACCCUGGCCUCCUUCAAAUGCUGCCUGAAGCCGGAGCACCGCGACUUCUGCUUUUUCACCAUCAAGUUCCUGAAGCACGCGGCCCUCAAGACGCCUCGGGUGGACAAUGAGUUCUUGAACCUGCUCCUGGACAGAGGUGCCGUGAAGACCAAAAAUUGCUUUUUUGAGAUCAUCAAGCCCUUCGACAAGUACAUGAUGCGGCUGCAGGACCGGCUGCUGAAGAGCGUGACGCCCCUGCUCAUGGCCUGCAACGCCUACGAGCUGAGCGUCAAGAUGAAGACCCUCACCAGCCCCCUGGACUUGGCCGUGGCCCUGGAGACCACCAACUCCCUCUGCCGCAAGUCUCUGGCCCUCCUGGGCCAGACGUUUUCCCUGGCCUCAUCUUUCCGCCAGGAGAAAAUUCUAGAAGCGGUGGGCCUGCAAGACAUUGCCCCCUCCCCGGCCACAUUCCCCAACUUCGAGGACUCCAUGCUGUUUGGGCGUGAGUACGUCGAUCAUCUGAAGGCCUGGCUGCUCGCCAGCGGCUGCCCACUGCGGGUCAAGAAGGCCCCGCCCGAGUCCACGCCACAGGAGCAAGAGAUGGUUCUUCCCCCCACGCCCCAAGUCCAGGUCACGGCUUCCCAGCGCGUGAGCGGCGCCGUCCCCCAGCGGGCAGACCACCGGGUGGUGGCCGCCAUCGAGCAGCUCGUGGCGCGUGUCGUCGAAGGCAGCCUGUCCCCCAAGGAGAGAGCCGCGCUGCAGGAGGACCCUGCCUACUGGUUUCUUUCCGAUGAAGACAGCCUGGAGUACAAGUAUUACAAGCUGAAGUUGGCAGAAACACAGCGCCUGAGCCAGACCCAGCGAGGAGCGGGCGGCGGGCAGAAGCCCACGGCGGUGGAGUGUGCGGUGCGGGCCAUGCUGUACGCGCGGGCCGUGCGCAGCCUUAAGAAGAAACUCCAGCCCUGGCAGCGCCGGGGACCCCUCCGGCCUCAGGGGCUCCGCGGCCGGAAGGCCGAGCGGGUGACCGCCGGGACACAGACCCCCGUGGCCUCUGGCGUCAGGCUGAAGCACCCCAGCCGGCAGGCCCCAGGCACCUCCCCGGCAAAACUCGAUGCCAACGCUGCUGCCCAGGGCUGCCCGCCCGACCCAGCCUCAGGGCCGUCCCCCGAGCUGGCUGGAGCCCCCCGCAUCUCCUCUCCUUGCCUCUCCGCCGACGUGGACCUCAAGACGCUGCAGACUGCCGAGAAACUGGCCAGGUUCGUGGCUCAGGUGGGACCAGAAAUCGAGCAGUUCAGCAUAGAAAACAGUGCCGACAACCCCGACCUGUGGUUCCUCCGUGACCCAGACAGCUCCGCUUUCAAGUUCUACCGCAAGAAAGUGCUUGAACUGUGCCCAUCUAUUCGCUUCAGCUCCUCUCCCACCGCCCUCCAAGCCGACACUGACCACGAAAGCAGGCAGGCUCUGGCGGACCCCGAGACCGCCCAGCAGGAGGCUGGACCCAGGAGCCCCACGGCGCUGCUGGAGGAGGAGGAAGAGGGGGAUGAGGAGGAAGAGGAGGAUGAGGAGGCCCCUGGUCGCCAGGGGAGGGCCAGCAGGUCCGAGCACUCGGAGGGCAGCCCCUGUGCUGACGGCCUCCCCGGAGCAGCUACUGAGGGUGAGCCGGCCGCGGGGUCCGGCCAGUCCCAGGCCGCCUCGGGCAGCUGCUUCCCCCGGAAGAGGAUGAGCAGCAAGUCCCUGCGGGUUGGCCUGAUCCCGGCCCCCAAGAGGGUGUGCCUCGUGCAGGAGCCAGAGGUCCACGAGCCCGUGCGUAUCGCCUACGACAGGCCCCGGGGACGGCCCGCCGCCAGGAAGAAGAAACCCAAGGACCUUGAGUUUGUCCAGCAGAAGCUGACCGACAGGAACCUCGGCUUCCAGAUGUUACAGAAGAUGGGCUGGAAGGAGGGCCGGGGGCUGGGCUCCUGCGGGAAGGGCAUCCAGGAGCCCGUGAGCAUGGGCCCGGCCUCCGAAGGGGAGGGCCUGGGGGCCGACGGGCAGGAGCAGCAGGAGGACACGUUCGACGUGUUCCGCCAGCGCAUGAUGCAAAUAUAUCGCCACAAGCGGGCCGGCAAGUAGGGCCUCUCCCCGCGAGGACGGCAGUGGUGGACAGCGCUCGGCCGCCGGCCACUGCGCAUGCGCACCGUCCCCAGCGC